UGCCAUCAAUUUGAUUGUAUCUGUUGAUAUAUGUUGAGCGCAGUGCAUACAUCUGAUUAUUUACAAACAAACGCACAAAAUACUUUAUUUAACAAAUGUUUAAUAAAUAUUGCUGACUGUGAUAAAAUUCGUUUUAAUAUUGAAUAUGGUUUUGUGUUGUGAUUGCUUUCAUUCCAAUGGCUAUCAACAGAUAGGGCAAGGUCCUCGCUUUGGUGUACGUCAUCUACAAUGUUUUCUGGUAUUCUGUGGUUUAGCUGUAGCAUAUGCCCUACGUGUCAAUCUGUCCGUGGCCAUUGUGGCUAUGACUGAUAGUAAUUCCACCAAUCCUAAUUUUCAGGAAUUCGAUUGGAACGAGGGCAUCAAGUCUUAUCUCCUCAGCAGUUUCUUCUGGGGUUAUGUUAUUACUCAAGUGCCUGGUGGUUAUUUAUCGUAUAAAUAUGGUGCCAAAUACACAUUUCUUUUCGGAGUACUUAUCUGUUCCUGUUUGGCGAUUCUUACACCAUUUUGUGCUGAAAUCGGAGAUUGGCCAUUUGUUUUGGUAUUGCGCGCAGCUCAAGGCCUGUGUCAGGGUAUGAUAUUUCCUUCAACACACACAUUUUUAUCGAAAUGGGCGCCUGCGGAAGAACGUGGGCGUUUAGUUAGUUACUGUUACUCAGGCGCACAAUUUGGUACAGUUAUUAUGCUAUUUGUAAGUGGUUAUAUAGCUUCAUCGUGGAUGGGCUGGCCUAGUAUAUUUUACACAUCUGGUGUAGCCGGAAUAGUGUGGUCAAUCGUAUGGUACAUGCUCAGCGCCAGCACACCAGCUGAUCAUCCGUCCAUAACAACUAAUGAACGUAGAUAUAUUGAGACAUCUGCUCAAGGGCGUCGUUUAUCAGAUUCGGAACAAGCAAGAGUGCUGCAUAACCCACCAUGGCUCAAAAUAUUAACUUCAUUGCCAUUUUUAACGUUGCUUUUAGUUCACUGUGCUAAUAAUUGGGGCUUUUGGACGCUAAUGACCGAAAUACCAACAUUUAUGAAAAAUAUACUAAAUGUUGAUAUACGCAACAAUGGACCUCUAUCUGCGUUACCAUACUUAGUCAUGUGCUUGUUGUCUUUCGGUUUCAUAAUUUUGGCUGAUGUCAUUAACGGUUUCAAUCGUAUGCCCUUGUCAUUCUCUCGCAAAUUUUUCAAUACACUGGGACAGUGGGUACCAAUGUGUGCAUUAAUUGGGCUUGGCUAUAUUACAACUGGUGAAAACAUGAAUACUCUGGCAAUAACACUGCUUACGAUUGCAGUCGGAGUGAAUGCUGCUACUUAUUUAGGCUUUCAAGCAAAUCACAUAGAUCUUUCGCCGAAUUUCGCUGGUGCUCUCAUGGGCAUUACCAAUUGUGCAGCAAAUUUCAUAAGUAUAAUAGCGCCACUUUCUGUUGGAGUUAUAGUGACCGAUGAGACAAAUCCUUUGCAAUGGCGCAUGAUCUUCUAUAUGUCUGCUGCUUUCUAUUUUUUGGGCAAUUUACUAUUUAUAGUAUUCGGUCGCACAAACACUCAACCGUGGAACCACAUUGGAAAUAGCAGGAGGAAUUCCAAUACACCUGUUCCUACUCAAGCAGACGAGUCAAAUGAUGAAACGUCACCUUUGAAUAGUGAAAAUUAAAAACUAUUUCUGAAUUUUAUCGUAUCUCAAAUUAAAAAUGAUGUGAUAAGUACCUAUUACUCUGACGAAACUUCUCUACUAUAAAUGUCAUAUACAUGACUUACGCUUCCAAACGAAUUUAUCUUGGUCUAUUUUUUCGCCUUGCUAAAUUAUUUCUACUUAAGUUGAAAUGUAAGCGAAAUAAAAAAAAUUUUGCCUAUUCAUUCUUCAAAAUUUACCGAAAGUAUUUAUAAUUGAAGCGAAUUU